AUGCCGCUCUCGCCCGCGCUCCUCCUGCUGCUGCUGCUGCUGCUGCCGCCGCCGGCCCCGAGCUUCGGGCUCCGCGGCGCGGACCUCCCGCGCUCCGAGUGCGGCCCGUGCCGGCCGGAGCGCUGCCCGGCGCCCGCACGCUGCCCGGUGCCCGCGAUCGCGGCGCUCGAUGAGUGCGGCUGCUGCGCGCUCUGCCUGGGCGUCGAGGGCGCGAGCUGCGGGGGGCGCGAGGGCGCGCGCUGCGGCCCGGGGCUGGUGUGCGCGAGCCGGGCCGCGGGGGCGGCGCCCGAGGGCACCGGGCUGUGCGUGUGCGCGCAGCGCGGCUCCGUCUGCGGGUCCGACGGCCGCUCGUACCCCAGCCUCUGCGCACUGCGCCUGCGCGCCCGCCACGCGCCCCGCGCGCGCCCCGGCCACCUGCACAAGGCGCGCGAUGGGCCCUGUGAAUUCGCUCCUGUGGUUGUCACUCCACCCCAGAGUGUUCACAACAUCACUGGGGCACAGGUGAACCUGUCCUGUAAGGUGAGAGCUGUGCCUGCCCCAGUCAUCACUUGGAGGAAGGUCACACACUCUCCUGAGGGCACCCAGAUCUUAGAGGACCUGCCUGGGGACCACAUCAACAUGGCUGUCCAGGUGCGUGGAGGUCCUUCUGACCACGAGGCCACAGCCUGGAUUUUGAUCAACCCUCUGAGAAAGGAAGAUGAGGGUGUGUACCAGUGCCAUUCAACCAAUAUGGUUGGUGAGACGCAGUCCCACGGCACAGUGACAGCUAUAGAUCCGGGGCCUUAGAAUGUCGAUCACAAGAUGACGGCAAAGUCAAGUUAUGGAUCUUUGUGUUUUUCGCUUAGUGAAGACUUGGGAAAGCUGUGUUUGUAGAUGACCUCUUUUGUAUGUUUUCUAAAAUUAAAUGCAAACUAGAUUCGUAUGCAGAUGUAGUUUUUAGCAGGACAGACAUUUGGAAUAUGGAUGUGCAUGAAGCUUUUUUUAUACUUUUGCAAUGAAUUGCUCUGAGGGUUCUUUUUUAAACUCUUCCCACCCCACCCUGGUGUAUUUAUAAUUCUAGGGAGCAUGCGUCCGCUUUGACUCUUGAUUUCAUUAUUUCAUUUUGUCAGUGACCAACAGUGGAGCUUUGUGACAUAGUGUGUCUGCCUGUAGGAGGGGAGGGCUCUGUCUGCCUGACCUCCAACCUGGACAGACCCUCCCUCUCUGGGCCUCAGUCUCUUCACCUGUGAAUGUGGCAUUUGGACUGCAUGCUACCAGUACCCAGCUCUUUCAUCUUUGAGCAAGAUGGUCCCUUAGAACAGAGAUGUAAGUGUUGGCUUGGCAUUCCGUUAAAGUAAGGUGUGGCCAGUUGACUGUAACUAUUACUAUGUCUUUCUUUCUUUCUUUUUUAAGGAGGCUUUGUCCUUCAUAGGAUUUUUUUUUCUAGACUCAGAAGCCCCUUGGAUGGACCUUUGAGAACCAAGAUGCCCACUAGUUAGCCCAGUGUUCUUUAGUCUGGUUGGCCCCUGGGUAUCCAAUUAUAUAAACGGGGUCAGAUGCACAUGGUCCAUUUUCUCACAUGGAGUAUAGCCCUGUGGAAUCCUUGAAAUUGAAUCUUUUUAAAAAUAAUAUUUAUUUAUUUGUUUAUUUAUUUAUUGGAUAGUGACAGCCAGAAAUCAAGAAGGAAGAAUGGGGAUAGACACCUGCAACACUGCUUCGCCACUUGCAAAGCUUUCUCCCUCCCCCCCCGCAGGUGGGGGCUGGGGGCUCGAAACUCGGUCCCUGCGAAUUGUAACCUAUGUGUUCAACCAGGUGCCCUACCACCCAGCCCCAGGAAUUGAAUUUGGCUUGUAAUCCUUCAAGUUCCAGCAUCUCUGGGCUGUGGUAUUAGUAUGGUAGAACACAUUUGACUUGGAGAUGUUUAUGACCUUACCCAGGAAUAAAAUUUUUUUUCUUUUAGAGAUUUAUUUAUUUGUGAGAAAGAGGGAGAGAGAACAAAUAUGUGAUUCUGGCUCAUGUGGUACCAGGGAUUGAACUCAAGACCUUAUGCUUGUGAGUCUUUAUUUACUUCCUGAGCCACUUUUGUUUUCUUUAUGAAUGAGGAAAAAGCAGAGGGAAAAUAAACGUAUUUUACUUUGUUUUCUCUAUAUGUGUCAGGGAAUAAAUUGAAACUUCAAACAUGUAAAGCAUACACUUUGACAAUGAGUUACUUUCCUAGUCCCUUUAGGGUGAAUAUCUGGGCAAAAUAAAAUAAAAUAAAAUAAAUUCCUUAGGUGAUUAAAGUUCUUUGAUGUCAGAAAAGUUCAUGAAAGACUUUCCUGUCUACAGUGAGUCAUUUCCCAGCCAUAGGACAUUUCCCCUUUACAGAUGAAGAGCCCAGACUCAGAAUAAAGCACUGGCCCAAGGUCUGAGGCCUCUGUUAAGGGCCAAAACUAAGGGCACCUGGCCUUCCCGGCAGUCUCCCCACUCGGUGGUGCUGCUUCUCAGGAAAACCCCCUAACUACAGAGAUGCUGCCACUUCCAAAGCAUCCGAUAGGUUCCCUGAUGCUUUUGGGGAUUCUUAUCAAGGCUCAUUUCACCUUUUAAAAAAAUAAAAAUAAGAAAAUAACACGCUCCUCUUUCUCUCAUGGAAUGUAACACUGUGGAAUCCUUCCGGGAGUUGAAUCUUUGACUUUUAACCUGAAGACUGGCAUCACCCUGACCUGCCGCAUGGUAGGAGACUGACUUGGGAUUCUAGAAAUGUGAUCUCUGUUUGGGAAUGUGUCCUGCUCCGGCUUCCUGCAGGACCCUGAGCAAGUCCCCUUUACUGUCAGGACCUCAGUUUGCUUGUUUUGAGUCAGGAAGGGAUGAAGGGAUGGAAGGUUUCCACACUCCACAGCAUCUGAACUCUUACUGUGAACAGAUUCAGAACGGAAACUGAUCUCUCCAGAAGCUGGUCUUCUUACCUCUUGGGAAUUGGGACUGUGAGGAGCUGCUCACGUCCUUCCUUCUCACCACCUCCUAUCCCCUGCCCAUAAUGGCUGUAUUCUCUACCCUGUUUCUAUAGGUACCAUGUCACAUGACUCCUGCACCAAGAAAAUAAAUGUUU